AUGGCAGCAAGUGUAAUCAGGACACUGAGUAAUCUGGGUUUGGCGAAACCCUUUCCUCCUUGCUUCUUUCCGGUUGAGGAUGAGGAGGAGACUGAAGAAGAAUAUGAAGAGGAGCUGAGAGAGGACAGUUUGGAGGAGGAAGAGGAUGCAGUAGCCAGUGAGUCUCAAGAGGAAGAGCCAUGGAGUUUUGAUUCAUCCCCCAAUAACGCUGAGAUGACCAAUCAGCUCCUGCGGAUGGCAGCAAGUGUAAUCAGGACACUGAGUAAUCUGGGUUUGGCGAAACCCUUUCCUCCUUGCUUCUUUCCGGUUGAGGAUGAGGAGGAGACUGAAGAAGAAUAUGAAGAGGAGCUGAGAGAGGACAGUUUGGAGGAGGAAGAGGAUGCAGUAGCCAGUGAGUCUCAAGAGGAAGAGCCAUGGAGUUUUGAUUCAUCCCCCAAUAACGCUGAGAUGACCAAUCAGCUCCUGCGGUUUGCUGAACUCAUCAGCAGCGAUGUCCAGCGCUACUUCGGGCGAAGCCAAGACCCUGAUGCCUGUGACAUUUAUGCAGAGAAACCAUGUCCGAAAGUCGGGGGCCGCCAGCGAUACUAUGCCGACUUCAUCAAAGUAGCAUCAUCAGGGCAGGGGGAGGAGCCUGAGUCGCUCGGGCCCCUUGCAGAGCUCUUUCAAGACGCUCAAAGGAAAGGGCGGGGUUUACCCAUGAGCCAACGUCGCCUGCCAGUCAGCUUCUGGACAGAGCCUUUCGCACAACAACUUGACAUGUUAGGUGAUACAAGCAUGCAAGAUAACUCGCUCAGUAUGAGCAACACAUCAGAGAGCUCCAUUAACAUCAACACGUCAUUGAGCAUGUUCAGUAACUCGAGCGUUUGCACCAUGACCAGCUCCAGUAUCUCAGGGACUCUCAGUAGCUCAAGCACCCCAGACUUCAGUGAUUUACUUGCUCACUGGGCCAUGGACAGAGAGAAUCCCAAUGAAUUUAACUGUGACUAUCCACUAUCAUAA